AUGCGGUGUAAUGAUCUCAAACGUGCGGUGGAAGAUGUAGUACUCCGUCCAGACGAGAAUCGUCUCCAAGAUCUCCAUCAUCGAGAUACAAUAGCAGCUCUCGAUUUAUGUCAGUUAGAAUCUUCAUCCACUUCCGCAACUAGACCAGAUGAAAUAACUGCGUCUGCAAUGAAUGCAUGUUCCUGUUCAAGUGAAAUCGUCGGAAUCCAAACAUCUUCGACCGUAAUGGCUGAUUCCUCUCGUCCACCACCUCCAUUGUGUGCAAGUUCUUCCCUUGAUGCAAUUAUGUUUCGACAACAACCGAUUCCAUCUCAUCGUCAUUCGGCAAGUGGAUCCAGGAGACAAUCGAGAGUUUAUUCAAAUUUACAUUCAAAAAGGAAGCGAAGUAACUCGCUAACUAAUUAUAAUAAAGGUCAAUCUUUAUCUGUUUCCCUGCCUCCAUCUGCACGUCACACACCACAUCGAUUUCCGAAUGAGGAAGAUGCAUUUCGAAAUUCAAUAGUUUCGUCCGAUUCUCAUUCAUCAGUUGCUCGAAGUGACGAGUACAACAAUGGUUAUGUGCUAGAAGAAGAGGAGUCUUCUGUUGUGCCAGGAAUACCAAAUGAAGCACCUCCGCCAUCUCUACAUCAUUCAAAUCAUUCAACAUGUUCUUCAUCUUCUUCAUCUAAUCCAUUCACUUCUUAUCGUCAACCAAAAAAUGAAUUUGAUGAUGAUAUGAUGGAUUGCGACUGA